AUGAAGUCCGCCUUUGUGUUUCUGGCCUUCUUGGCUGUAUCGCAGGGAAUUCUCAGAAACUGCCUGCUCAGGAUUCCCGUAAUGAGAGGGAAGUCAGCCAGGCAGCAGCUGGAGGAGAGAGGCCUGUUCGAAGACUACAGGAGGAAGUUUCCACACAAGCCAGCAGCAAAGUUUCUCCCCAGGAAUGAGCAGAGUGUGGUGCCCAUGACCUUUGACCCAGAUACAACAUACUAUGGCAAGAUUGGCAUUGGGACUCCACCUCAGUUCUUUAAAGUUCUCUUUGACACCGGCUCCUCUGACCUGUGGGUUCCCUCCAUCAGCUGCACCAGCUCUGCUUGUGACAAACAUGUGAAGUUCAACAGCUCAGCAUCCUCCACUUUUCAGGCCGGCGCAAAGACUUUCUCCGUCUCAUACGGCAGUGGAUAUGCAGCAGGGAGUACUGGAUAUGAUCUCAUAAAGAUAAGCAAUCUCUACGUGGAGCACCAGAUAUUCGGCCUCACUGUAACAGAGGAAGCUUUCCUGGGCUUUGUACCCUGGGAUGGGAUUCUUGGUCUGGCCUUCCCUGGCUUGUCACAUGAAGGAGGCACACCUAUAUUUAACAACAUAUGGAACCAGGGCAAAAUCCCACAGAACAUGUUCUCCAUGUACCUGAGCCGUUCUAUAGAGGGCAGUAUGUUAAUUCUGGGAGGAACUGAUUCCUUGUAUUACACUGGAAGCAUCCAGUGGAUCCCCCUGUAUCAGGCCACUAACUUUUGGAACAUUCAAAUACAAAGCAUCACCAUCAAUGGGAACACUGUUGCAUGCUCAGGGAGUUGUGCAGCAUCAGUGGACUCUGGUACUUCUUUCAUCAUCGGCCCUAGCAAAGAUAUUAACAACAUCAACGGUUGGUUGGGAGCUUUCUCAGAUCAGUAUGGUGAUGCUGCUCUGAGCUGCAGUAACACAGAUCUCUUGCCAGACAUUGUGUUCAACAUAAACGGCUACAGCUUCGCUCUCCCUCCAUCAGCCUACGUCAUCAAGUCUGCCUCUGGGUGCAGAACAGGGUUUGCAUCUGGCACCUGGAUCCUGGGUGAGGUCUUCAUGCAGCAGUUCUACACCGCCUUCGACAUCAACAACAACAGGGUGGGCUUUGCUCAGGCUGUGUAAAUGCAUGUGAAAAGCUGGGCCAGUUUAAAAACGAUAUUAGCCAUUUGCCUAAGGCUCUAGUCUGAAAGUCUGCGAUAUUAAGAAACUAAUUUACUUUAUUUUGUAUCACCACGAUACCUGUAAAA